AUGAGCGUUCUGGUUGGGGCCUUGGGGCCUGCAAGCCGCAUGGAUGGAUUCCGCAAUCGGCGCCAAGUCACCGUUAUCAAGUCCCAAAGUCAAAGAGAUCCUCACACAUCAAGCGUGAGACAAAGAUGCCGGUUUCGGGUUACUCGCCAGUUGAAACAAGGUCGCAAAUUCCGAACGGGGCUGGGACGAGUCACAUUUGGGGAUUCUGGUUACACGGUGGACGAGCCAUCCGCGCCCUAUGGUAUUGUCGCACGAACAACCCUCGGAUAUGAGGGAAAAGAUCUUGCUAUGGUGAGUCACAUGCGGCUACAGAAAUGA